UCGUGCAGAUUCCGGAAGAGGCUGCCCAAUUGUGGCGGCGGUUUCUGCCUUCGUGACUGGUCUGUUUUCUCUGCCGGAGCAGCGGAAUAGGCGGGCAUCAUCAUCAUGGUCGAGGAGGUACAGAAACAUUCUGUGCAUACACUUGUGUUCAGGUCAUUGAAAAGGACCCAUGACAUGUUUGUAGCUGAUAAUGGAAAACCAGUGCCUUUGGAUGAAGAGAGCUUCCUGCUGCUCUCAGAGCCUUGCUGAGCUGAAAUUGUACCUGGCCAGUACCUCUACUCCCACACUAACGAUCACAACCGAAAAAUGGCAAUCAAGCUGCGUAAUGAGUAUGGUCCCGUGCUGCAUAUGCCUACUUCAAAAGAAAAUUUUAAAGAGAAGGGCCCUCAGAAUGUAUCAGACUCGUAUGGUAAUAAACAGUAUCCUGCCAAUCAAGGACAAGAAGUUGAGUAUUUGGUGACAGGUACACAUCCAUAUCCACCAGGACCUGGAGUUGCUUUGACAGCAGACACUAAGAUCCAGAGAAUGCCAAGUGAGUCCGCUGCACAUUCCUUGGCUGUGGCAUUACCUUCUUCUCAGGCCAGGGUUGAUACGAAUCGAAGUGCACUCGCCGGGGUUUCUGACCGCUCGCAGCCUGCCGGAAUAACUUCUGUGAUGGAGACUGGCAAUGCCAAGAACUCUGCAUUAAUGGCUAAAAAAGCCCCUACAAUGCCAAAACCCCAGUGGCACCCACCAUGGAAACUCUACAGGGUGAUCAGUGGGCAUCUGGGUUGGGUUCGAUGUAUAGCCGUGGAGCCUGGAAAUCAGUGGUUUGUUACUGGAUCUGCUGACAGAACUAUAAAGAUCUGGGACUUGGCUAGUGGCAAAUUGAAGUUGUCACUAACAGGCCACAUCAGCACUGUGCGUGGUGUGAUAGUGAGUGCGAGGAGCCCGUACCUGUUCUCCUGUGGAGAAGACAAGCAGGUCAAAUGCUGGGAUCUUGAGUAUAAUAAGGUCAUAAGGCACUAUCAUGGACACCUCAGUGCAGUAUAUGGCUUGGAUUUGCACCCUACCAUCGAUGUUCUGGUAACCUGUAGUCGAGAUUCAACUGCACGGAUAUGGGAUGUGAGAACUAAAGCCAGCGUGCACACAUUAUCUGGCCAUACCAAUGCAGUUGCUACAGUGAGGUGUCAAGCUGCAGAACCACAAAUUAUUACUGGAAGCCAUGACACUACAAUACGAUUAUGGGAUUUGGUGGCUGGAAAAACAAGAGUGACAUUAACAAAUCAUAAGAAAUCUGUAAGAGCUGUGGUUUUGCAUCCAAGACAUUACACGUUUGCAUCUGGUUCUCCAGAUAACAUAAAACAGUGGAAAUUCCCUGAUGGAAGCUUCAUUCAAAAUCUUUCUGGCCAUAAUGCUAUUAUUAAUACACUGACAGUAAAUUCUGAUGGAGUACUAGUAUCUGGAGCUGACAAUGGCACUAUGCAUCUUUGGGACUGGAGGACUGGUUACAAUUUCCAGAGAGUUCAUGCAGCUGUGCAGCCUGGGUCUUUGGACAGUGAAUCAGGAAUAUUUGCUUGUGCUUUUGAUCAGUCUGAAAGUCGAUUACUAACAGCUGAAGCUGAUAAAACCAUCAAAGUCUACAGAGAGGAUGAGACAGCAACAGAAGAAUCUCAUCCAGUCAGCUGGAAGCCAGAAAUUAUCAAGAGAAAAAGAUUUUGAUGUGACAUUAUCUUCUUGGUAUUUCUGUUUGUUUGUUUCUUUAGGUUGAUAUUGACCAGAAUACCCAGUCAUUUUGUGCUGUGGCUAGGAAUAUAAAGCGGAAAUGUACAUGCUUAAACCAUUGCUGCUUAUUUUACAAUAAACUUCCCUCCUUCCCCA